AUGAACCCUCCAUCAUUCGAAGGGAGUAUGGAUCCCUUGGCAGUUGAAGACUGGUUACGAGAACUAGAACGUAUCAUCAAAUUUAUAAGAUGUGAAGAUGCUGAAAAGGUAACAUUUUCUGUGUUUACGUUAAAGAAGGGGGCUAGCCAUUGGUUUGCUCCACAUCUAGUGGAUACGGAGGAAAAGCGGGCUAGAAGGUUCAAGUGUGGGCUUCAACGUUAUAUUCGUGAUAUAGUACAGAAUAACUGUAAAGGAAAAGAGAAUAAUGCACCAAAGAAAGGAAAGACAGAGAUAGUAGGAGUUGGUGGUGAUAAGCGUUGUCCUAAGUGCGAUAGACCUCACAAAGGAGAAUGCUUAUUGGCAAAAAAUGUUUGUUUCAAGUGUGGGAAAUCAGGACAUUUUGCUAAAGAAUGCCCCCAAAAUCAGACACAGAAGGCUGGAGAUGACAAGAAAGGAAAAGCAAGAGUUUUCUCUUUAUCCAGGCAAGAAGCAGAGCGAGACCCUAAUGUCCUCGUAGGUAUCGUCUCUGUUUCCAAUAUGCCUGCAUUUAUACUUGUCGCUGAUCAAAUAGCUAGAAAUCUUAAGAUGAGAAUUGAUGGUAGAGGUAUAGCGACCGGGCGAGAAAGAGUUUCGCUUUGUGAGAACUGA